AUGUCGCCGCGCGGGGGCGCUGCGGCUCCGCCGAGGGCCCAGCCUUUCCUCGCGGCGCCGGGGGACGCAGGCUGCGGGGGACCCUUGGGGCGGCGGCGACGCGGCGCUGUGACCCGGGUGAGUGCGGCCGCUGGGCGGGGUCGCCCCCCUCCGGGUCCUUCCCCGCGCGCCCGGGCCCCCCUCGCUCCAGGGCCGGAGAGCAGCGACUGGGCUGCACUCUCGGGGCCGCCAGCACUCGGUGCAGGGCGCGGGGCCCGCGAGGGGCAGGCCCGAGGCAGCCCCACCGGGGACCCAGUCCCGCCGCCGCCCGAUCCUCCCGCUUUCCCGAGGGCGCCGGCGUCGACCCGCCGGGACUCCGGGUCCCUCCCUGCAGCCGCCCAAGCGACGGGGCUGGCCGAGGAGGCCCCUGCGAAAGCGAGAGAAGCGCGGGGCUCUCCCACCGUCACCCUGGCCCUUCUCUGCUUGGAUGGUGUCUUCCUCUCCUCAGCUGAAAAUGACUUUGUCCACCGGAUUCAGGAGGAGCUGGACCGCUUCUUGCUUCAGAAGCAGCUGUCAAAGGUGCUUCUUUUCCCCCCACUCUCCAGUCGCCUCCGGUACUUGAUCCAUAGAACAGCAGAGAAUUUUGAUCUCUUGAGCAGCUUCUCUGUUGGGGAGGGCUGGAGGAGGAGGACGGUCGUCUGUCACUUGGACAUCAGGUUGCCCAGUUCAGAUGGCCUCUCUGGCCCCUGCCACCCUCCUGCCUCCCACCCUGGCAAGUACCGUGGUCCUCGGCGCAGCUCAAACCAGGGAACAGCCGCUGGUCCCCGGGGGGCGAGGGCCGGCCGCUGGCAUCGUGGACACAAGCCAGACCAGGUUUUGUAUGGGCCCCGGGUGUUGUGCAGGCAAGGAGAAGAGGCACCAACCCCGGCUCCCGGGUUCAAGGGAGAGGCUGUGGCUGGCGGGGUCCCAGAAGAGUCUGGAGAUGUUGACACUGGAGACCCUGACCCUGAUCAGGGACCCCCCAGAUCGAUGCCUCAGGCAACGGAGGACCUAAAGGGCUGGGGCCAAAGUUGUGAGAAUGAGCCACUGCGGGAGCCAGCGGGCACUGAGUCCCCAGGACCCGAGAGCCACUCAGGGGCGGGACACAGGUUGGAGAUGGCCCAGCAGCUUGUGUCCAGCCUGCAGCUGAACUUGGAAGAGGGGAAUGGGAGUCAGCUGAAGAAGGGCACAGCAGCAAAGGAGGAAGAAGAGGAAGAGGUGGAAGAGGCGGAGGAGGUGGAGCGUGGCGGCUGUUCUGAGGACGAUUACAAUGAGCUGCUGCAGGAGAUAACAGACAACCUGACUGAAAAGGAGAUUCAGGUAGAGAAGAUCCAUGUAGACACAUCCUCCUUUGUAGAGGAGCUGCCUGGCGAGAAGGACUUUGCCCACGUGGUGGAGAUCUAUGACUUUGAACCAGCACUCAAGACGGAGGACCUUCUGGCGGCAUUUUCUGAGUUCCAGGAGAAGGGUUUCAAGAUUCAGUGGGUGGAUGACACUCACGCACUCGGCAUCUUUCCCUGCCUGGAGUCAGCUGCAGAAGCCCUGACUAGAGAUUUCUCAGUGCUCAAGAUCCGGCCCCUCACACAAGGAACCAAGCAGUCAAAGCUCAAAGCCUUGCAGAAGCCAAAGCUCCUGCAUCUGGCGAAGGAGAGACCACAGACAAACACAGCGGUGGCCCGGAGGCUGGUGGCCCGGGCCCUGGGGCUCCAACACCGAAAGAAAGAGCGGCCUGGGGCGGAGAAGCUGCCAGGGCCCUGAGGUCCCCGGCAGGCCUGGCUCCCCACCCAAGGCCCUAGGCCUGGUGCCCCAACACAGAAAACCUGUACAGAUGCCAGAGCUGCCCUGUGCUGGGAGCUUCGCUGUGGAGUGUGGUGGGCUUUAGUUUGGUCUAGUUGGAGAGGUUGAGAAAAAAUAAAACUUGUUAUAAUGUGAA